GAUCAUAUGACCCAAUUGAAGUCCUGUGAUGUGAAAUUUCCUGUUGUAACCAUUGUAACCCGUGCACCACAACAACAGUACACCGAGUUCAGAAGAGGAGCUGGAGUACGGUGGGGACACACUCAUCAUGCAUUCACCAGUCAUUGCUCACAGUUUCAGAUGAGCCUGACCCCCCCCCCCCCUUAAACACCAUGGAUCCUGUCCAGCAGACCAGCCCAUUGCCCCAGCCAAGUGCAAAGUACUUCUCAUGGGACUACCGCUUCCAGCUUAUUGGCUUGGGCUUUGCCUUCUACACAGGAAUAUUCAUCCUCUCCCACCUCCUGUCUGUGGCUCUAUCACGUACCUACAAGUCCCUGCUAGCUAAGGAGCAGGUUUUCUGGAACCUUGCUGCAACUCGGGCAGCAUUUGGGAUCCAGAGUUCUGUGGCAGGUCUAAGGACCCUGACUGAGGACUCUGUGUUAUUCAAAGACAGGGUGAGGGGACAAGAAGACUGGUCGUGGUUUAAUGUCCUCACAGCUACAGGUUUCUUUGUGUUUGAGAAUGUUGCACUUCAUGGCUCCAGCGUGAUAUUUCGGUCUUUUGACCUCCCACUGGCGACGCAUCAUUUCUUUGCGCUGUCAGGAUAUGCAGGGGCAGUGGUGUGGGAUUCUCUGGGACACUUCCUUCCCAUGGUUACUCUGCUGCUGGAGAUGAGCACACCAUUCACCUGUAUAUCCUGGAUGUUACUUAAGGCUGGCUGGGCCCACACCCUGUUCUGGAAAGCCAACCAAUGGGUGAUGAUCCACACCUUCCACUGCCGCAUGGUGCUCACAUACUACAUGUGGUGGAUAACACUGACACACUGGAGAGAGCUCUGCACCCAUGUGGCCUUACCUCCACUUCUGCUCUUCUUCACUGGCCUUGCUCUGCUCACACUUAUCAUUAACCCCAUCUGGACGCACAAGAAGACUAUGCAGUUGCUGAAUCCAGUGGACUGGAACUUUGGCAACAAGUCUGUACCUGUAAAUGGCUCAAUGAUGGGUCAGUCUGCGGUUUCUGUCAAGCCUCAUGACAGCUGAGGUGAUCUGAUGAGGUCAUUAUCUUUUUUAACAAUGCCAAAGUUGGUUUUCUUUUAAUUUUUUUUCUGAUGAAGGGGUGAUAUGACGUUUGCGAUAAUGAAAGUCGGAUUACUUUUGAUUUUUUUUUGAUAUAACAGAACCCCAAGUCAGUUUUGUUACAAGGGAAGUGUCUUCAUCAUAAAAGAUUUUUGAUAUUGGGCUUCACAUCCCUUUUUUGGGAGCAUAGAUUCAUACUCCGCUUUAGCUCAGCUUUUGAAAGGUAGCUGUGGUUAUGGAGAGCAGUGGAAUGGGGUCUAUCUUGUUUUCAUCAGCUUCAGGACACUGUAUAGCAACAUAUCCACCUUGCUAGUCACAUAAUAGGUUAUUUUUUCUUAAUGGUGAAAUAUUCACAUGAGAAAACCAUUCAGACCCACAAAUUAUAUAUCAUGUUUAUUGUGAAAAAUCACUGAAGUGGUAAUUCAUUUGAAUUAUUUAAUUAAGUUAAAAGAAACGCUUGCACAAUGUUGAAUAACUCUGUUCAUCUUCAGUAUUUAUCCUCUGAUGCUUGAUGAGGCAUUCCUCCAUAUACAGUGUAUCUGUGUAUAACCACAGCUUCUUGUUCCUGCUGAUACUGACAGCCCAGUUGAUCCUUUGGGCAAAGAAGUGUAGCAACAUGCAUUGACAUAACAAAAUAACCCUGCAACAGCCACAUCAAUAAUUUGGCCUUUGUCAUCAAAGCCUCAUUCCUGCUUUUACUCCAGACGCAGUUCUUAGCCACUGAUUGGAUCGCUUAUGCAUUUAUAUUAGAUUAAGUUUAAAGGUUGUAGAGGUUGCUCUUUGGAGGUAAUGAAUACUAAGUGGACAUUUAGAUCAGCCUCUUCGUGUUAAGUCACAUGGGCUGCUUUUUUUAACUGUGAAUCCUCUUUCCAUAAGAAGGGGGAAAUAUUUACUGGUGACAUGAAAGGAAAGGCCUUCAACAGAAUCUCCUUUGUUGGUGGACAAAGCUUGGCGUGGUCAACAUCACAAAGGCUCUUUUGUAAAAAAUGGAGAUGUCAUGUUGCGAAACUGAAGCAGCACUGAUACAAAAAAACAAGCGUCAGCUCGAUCAUGAGGACUCUGGUAUUUUGUAUCAAAUAAAGCUGCAUUUUAUUUGUUUUAAGUACAUGAUUUCGUCUACAUAGGAUACACCACAAUUUCAGCAAUAUUUCUUUUUACACAGUGUCCUCAUUGAACUGUAAAUCUUUACACUGUGUUUGUCUUGUAUCAUGUGUACAGUGGUUUUUUUUCAGUUACCACUCUGCUACAAGUUUGCAUAUUUCUCAGUGUUCAGAUGCUAAAGUUGCACAUCGAGGCUCUAGGAUUUUUAGACGUUUCAUUCUUACUAGCAUUAACUGUGUUUUUUUUAAUCUUUAGUUAAUUUAUAAUGCAAUGCAGUCAGUUGGUCCUGAGGGUGUACUCAAAUACCAAAGGGUACAUGACUUUACUGCAGUGUAUGACAUCUAAGAUUUCAUUUUUGGGGUUUUCUCACAAAAAUCAGGUUUCAGGUUUUGAUUUAUCUGUUUAAGUGCUGAAUCAAUUUCAGAAACACAUGCUGAUGUAGAGAGACACAUUGUUUUACUCACCUGCAUUAUCCAGAUAAAUAUGGCUUGUGUUGUGAAUCAUCAAGAUAACUUAGAAGAGGCUACUCCUUGUUCCGUUAAGUAAAGCGCCUAGUACUUUGCUCUGCAUCAUAUAAGCUCAGAUACAAUGCCAAGAAGUUAAAUGAAAUGUGUUCAUGUCUUCCUAUUUGACCUCAAUUACUUUCAAAAUGUAUUAAUAUGAGAUAUUGUUGGAUUUUCACUCUGCAUUUAUUAUCUUCUAACAGAAUUGAAUUAACAUUACAGGGUGGUUGGGAAUUGACUUGAAGAAUGAGUGUUGUAUACCCAAAGAAUUAACUUCCUGUUUCUGUUGGGAGAUGCAUUAAGUAGAGCUUAAAAUAAUAAAAUGUUUUUCUCUAAUACAA